AUGCCUCCUAUCACCACAGGGAAGCCUACAGCCACCUCAGCUACCACAGUUCCUCCUACAACCACAGUGGAGCCUAUAGCCUCCUCAGCUUCCACAGCUCCACCCACUACCACUGAGCCUCCUACCGCCUCCUCAGCUGCCACAAUUACUUCUACCACCACAGAAAAAGAAGCCUACAGCGUCCUCAGCUGCCACAGUUCCUCCUAUGACCACAGAGGAGCCUACAGCCUCUUCAGCUUCCACAGCUCCACCCAUUACUACCGAACCUCCUACAGUCUCCUCAGCUACCACAGUUCGGAAGCCUACAGCCUCCUCAGCUACCACACUUCCUCUUACGACCACAGAAAAGCCUACUCCAUCCUCAGCCACAAUGGCUCCACCGACAAAGACGGGGCCACCUACUACCUCCUCAGAUGUCCCACCAACCCUUGCCAAGAGGAUUCCUGUAAGGGUGGUUCUUCGUGUGUGAGUCUGAAUGAUACAUUUUUCUGCCUGUGUCCAGAAGGGCAAUACUAUAACUCUUCCACAUGCAGUAAAGGAAAGAUAUUCCCUGGUACAAUUACAUUCAAAACAUCAAAUAUAGAGGACUUGAAAGAUGAAAAUUCUGUGGCCUAUCAAAAAUUACAUUUUGAAAUUACUGAAUUUUUUAAAAAGGCAUUUAACAAUUCUGAUUACGGACAGACUGUAAUUGUUAAAAUAAGUCUUAGGACAUCUGCAGCAAGAUCUGAAUUGCGUGCUGGUGACAAGGAUGUUGACGUAGAAGUAGUAAACAUCUUUAAGGAAACUACAGAACUAAAUGAGACUACAGUAUCUAAUGCAAUUACAAAAGCAAUUGAAGACAAUGCAGAUGUCUUUACAGGAUAUACUGAGCAAGACCGGUGUGACUACUAUGGUUGUGAGAAGAAGAAUGACCAGGACAACUGCUCCAGUGGUUUACUGUGUCAGUGCAAACAGGGGCUGGUGAGGCCCAACCCGCAGAUCCCCAUGUGUGUCGCCUUCGGUCCAACCUGCGAUGACACCUGCAACGCAGAGAACAAGCGGCAAUGUUUAGUGAGGAGCAGCACGAGCGUGGACUGCGUGUGCCUGCCGGGCUACCGGGAGGACAGUCACGGGGCCUGUCAACCGUGUGCAUUUGGCUACAGCGGAGUUGGCUGUAAAGACAAUUUUCAGCUGAUCCUCACCAUCGUGGGUACCAUUGCUGGCAUCCUCAUCCUCGGUGUAGUGACUGCAUUCAUCUUCUCGAUAAGAUUAAAGAUCAAAGGCAAGAAUAUGGAAGAACAGAACUUGGUUGAGAAUGAAUUUCAAAAUCUGAGACUACAGGAGAUGACCGGCUUUAGCAAUCUCGGAGCAGAUGGGAGCAUCUUCCCUAAAGUCAUCAAGCUGAACCUCUCCGAAGACAGUCAGCCACAGAGUCUCUAUACAGACCAGGCUAGUACACCACGGCCCAACUAUUAG